UUGAUCCUCUUUCAUUAUUCUGCAUAAAUUCUAUCAAGGAGAUGAUUAUGAGUGAAGAUGAUAACAAUAGGCUUACUUUGAUUCUGGAGAGCUUGUUUCGAUGUUUAAGAAGAGACAUGACACAAUCAAUACCUAAUACAUCGGCAGCAAUCAAUAUUAUUACAGUGUUCAUCAGGGAUAUCUUGCAGCCUGAACUCGAUGAAGAUAAAUUUCAGUAUUUUUUAGAUGCAUUUUGUUUGCUUUGGAGACACGAGGAUUUCAUUCAUUACAAUGAAGCAGCUGUUAUCAUGAAUUUACUCAAAGUUCAGUAUUAUAAAGAACUACUCCGAAGAAUGGGUUUGUAUUCCCAGUCAAGAAACCACAAGAAAUAUUUAGUAAAUGUAAUGAAUCUGUUGCUGGCAUGCAUUCGAAAUCUUCCUAGUUUUUCCCUGGAAAAAGUGGAGGUGCUUUUUUCGUGUGUUCUUCGAAAUAUUGUGUUGCAUUUUAUUGACGAAGAUAGAAUAAUUGCUAACAAAGCUAUAGAGGUUGUAACAAACAUCUGUCUGAUAAAAGGUAACCCACUGCUCAACACAAUUUUUAAUCAAAUUCAAUGCAGUCGAAAAUUCAUAAAUAUCACUAUUGAGGCCCUAUUAUUAUCUUUCAACCAAAUUGUAGACGAAAAGUGGGGAAAUUCUCCAAGGAAUCAAAAUUUGCUUGUAAUAAUGUCACGAUUCUUAACUUACAGUCAAAAUAUGAAUAAUGAGCUGGUCCAGAAGACAUUGAAUUCGAUAUGUAAAGAUUGCACUCCAUUCUCUCUGAAACCAUCUUUACCGAUUCUUCAUGAGCUGUUUUGUGUCAUGGCUCUAAAAGAAGAAACAGAUGUUGCUCGAGCUGUUUUGAAAAUAAUUUUCAGGAAUGCCAUGCAUCAAGAUGCCACCUCUGCCGCAUUUUUAGAUAACGACGCCAUUUUAAAAUGA